UUGAAUUUACGAAACAAAAUGCCGGUUUAUUUUGUGUUGGUUUCUCUGCUCACAUUUUUAUCUGUGGAAAUCACACUGAGUUCUUUGCAAAAUUUAGAUGUAGAUCUAGAUCUAAUUGAUGAUGGCGGCUGGGAAACAUCAGCAUCCAAUUUACUUGCAUUUCCUGGUCCAUGUGAUAUUGAAGUUAGGAAUGCAGCAAGUUUGUCACAGCAAGAGUUUUUAAGCAGAUAUGCUUACAGUAAGCCUGUUGUGAUAAGAGGAGCUACUGACAACAAAGUUUUUCAAGAUCAGUGCAGAAAGGAUGCUAUCUUGAAAGAGUAUUCAUCUAAACGUAUUAGGCUAAGCUCUGCAAAUACACAUUCCUAUGAAAAAGUUGAUGUGACCCUUGAUUACUAUGUGACUCAUGUUCUUAAGCCACAAACAUUAUCUAAACUUGGCAAUGAAACCUUCUAUUGGUUUGGGGAUAAUAACUUUACAGAAUGGAAAUCUUUGAUCGAUCUGUAUAAGCCACCUCCUUACUUCUUACCUAAAAUGACUGGGGCCUACAGUUUUGGCCUUGCAGGGGCAGGUACAGGAGUGCCAUUUCAUUUUCAUGGACCUGGUUUUGGUGAAGUAGUCUUUGGAAGAAAAAGAUGGUUCAUGUAUGCACCAGAAAAAACACCCCAUUUCCAUCCAAAUAGAACAACUCUGCAAUGGCUAUAUGAAGAUUAUCCAGAACUGCAUUCUUCUGACAGGCCUUUAGAAUGUACUAUUGGACAAGGAGAAAUAAUUUACUUUCCAGACAGAUGGUGGCAUAGCACACUGAAUAUAGACACCAGUGUUUUUAUAUCAACAUUCCUGAGUUAAUGUCUGUCUUAUCUGUUUACAUUUUGCUUAUUUUCUCUGUGAUUUUCUUUUAUAUUGUUUGAAUGUUUUAUUGAUUGAACUGCUGAUCCAGGAAAUUAUUUUGUUUUAAUUGCUGAUUUUCGUUGUUUUAAUUUAUUUAAUUAUUUUUUUGUCUCAAUGAUCUGAAUUCAUCCCAUUACUUGAGAGAAGGGUCUAUCUGGCACCACUUGUUCCUAUCCCUUCCCCCGUUGUAUUCCUCUCAUUGAAUCAGCCAAUGAUCACCAAACAUCAGAGUGUCAUCCAACCAUGUCUUUGUUCCCCUUGACUUCUUUCAGCUUGCACUGUUCCAUCAUGAAUUGUUUGUCAGGGUUUGUACUAGUCACUUAAAGUCAGUUAAAUUGUGCUCAAUUUUCAAAAUAGAUGAAAAGUGUGCCUCAUUAAUUUAUACUAUAAUUGUUAAACAUUCUCUACGAUUUUAGUGUUAAUAUUUGUGCUAUUUAGUUAAAGUAAUAUCUCUUUUUGUUUGUCCUGUUUGUAUUUUUUAAUUAUUUUCAUUUGCAGGAGUUUCAAGUAAAACAUUUUUUGGGGGUCUGAAAAAAAUUCAUUUCAUUUGUUUUGCUUUAAAAAUAGCAUUUCCUGUCAUUACCAGCUUACAGUGAUUUCAUGUCAUUACCAGCCCACACAGUGAUUUCAUUCUAUUUCAUUCCUAUCAAUGAAGCCCAAGUAAAAUCAUAAGUUUAUUGUCAUGAUUAAAAUGUGUGGUAAUAGGUAGGCGUGGGCCUAGGAGGUUGUUUAGGUUCUUAAAUAUCUAUGGAGUAUUAAGUUUCUAUUAUAGAACCUUUAAGUAUUUGUUAUAUGUGCAACUUUUAAAUUGCCAUGGAAAAAUGUUGUAAAGAGAUUUUAAAAUUACCCAAUUAAUGGAACACAUUCUUUUCCAGAAUUUCAGGUCUUUUAAAGAAUAGAUCCUUUGUGAAAUAAAAAGGCUUAAAAGAGUAAAAAAUAACCAGAAAAAGGUUUUGAAUGUGUGCAAACUAACUAGGUAUUUUUUUUUUUAAAGAAAACCAAACUUCUAUUUUAUAGAACAAAUAUGUAUUUAUAUAUUUUGUCACUAGAUAGUUGUCUUUUUUUUUAAAUGACAAAAUGAAUCAAAUGUUAGUGAAUCUUUUGAAAAUAAAUUUUGCAGCACCACCUG